AUGGGAGGCGAACACCGGAAUCUUAUUCCGGUAAGUGUUCAGAAGAGGCUUACGAAAUUCUAUGUGGCUAACCUUCCGGUUCGUUGUAGUGGAAGCGAUUUAGCAGGGGUUGUUCGGGUUCACGCAGAGAUUUAUGACAUCUAUAUCGCAAGGAAGAGGGACAAGAUGGGCAACAGGUUUGGCUUUGUGUCUUUGUUGGACGUGAAGAAUAUGGGGAAGAUGGAGAAAACACCGUCUAAUAUAAGAAUGGGCGAUUACAAACUUUCUUUUAAUGUGGCAAGAUUCACUCUAGAAGAUGGGGAAAUUAACAACAGGCAAACUCGAAAGCCAAAGAUUAAGGUGGCAACGGAGGUUACUGGUAAUCCAAUUCGAAGGAAGGAGAUUGGUGGGGAACCAUUAGUGGGGGUGAGAUCGUUCAAAGAUGCAGUGUUGGGAAGAUCUACUGAGAUGAAAGACGAGAAGGUCAUAACGGUGCAGGAUGACUUUAAGGCUUAUGAGCAUGUUAUAGGGAAGGCGGUUAUUGUGAGAAUGGUUGAUUUUAAAGCUCUGAGAGAGGCUGGGGGGUGUAUUAGAGAGAUGUCAGCAGGGGAGGGGCUUGUUCAAUAUGUGGGUGGCAUGUUUAUCAUGGUUUCUUUUCCUAGCGGUGAAGAAAUGGAACGGUUUGUCAGGUUAGCAAAGGAGAAGGUGGAUAUUUUUCAAUCGGUAGAGAAGUGGGCUGGUCAAACGCUACCGUUUGAGAGAGUGGUAUGGCUAAGGGUUCAGGGAAUUCCGCUGCAUCUUCUAGAUAAUGUUGUGAUCAACCGAAUAGGGGAGAGCUUUGGCAAAGUUGUUCAAUGUGGGCAGCAUGACGAACGGGAUUCAGAUCUUUCCUAUGACUACGUCGGAGUCUUGGUGUCGGAAGGCAGGAAGAUAGUAGAAGAGGUGAUUAUACAAUGGAAGGGUCGGCGGUACAGGGUAUGGGUGGCAGAGGAGACCGGAGACUGGGAUACUGAAUUUUUAGCAAAAGAUAAGGAAGAAGGAGUGCCUCCGGUUAACCGGAAUCAGUCUCAGGCAUCGGAAAAUACGGUCAACCCUGUGGAGAAUGUGUUUAUGGAAGGUCCUGAAAUCGUGGAAGGAAAUAAGGAGGGGGAAGAUUAUGUCCAUAAUCAGAAUAUAAGGGAUGAGGAUGUUUCCGAUUUUAACAAUCAAUCUGUUGGUGUGAAUAUGGAAGGUUUCGAGAACUUUGCUGGGGUAAGUAAGGAAGUCAAUGAGUUGGUUGGUAACGGUCUAUUUACAGCUAAUAAAGAUAAAAUAGUGUUUAAAAAAGUGGGUAGAAGGCGUAUGGGCCCAUAUAAGGAUAGGAUGGUGUCGGUUGAUGAUAGGCCCAGUUCUAGAAAAAGGCCCAGAAUGGAGAUUGAUACCAACGGUUUAGACCCAUUUGGGUUGACGUUCUUUUGGGCCUGA